AUGGAAACUAAAUCUGAAUAUGGUUUAUCAAAAGAAGGAUAAAGUUCUUUGGGUAAAGUUGUUGUUGAAAUAAAGAAUGUUUUAUUUUCAGUAACAAGAUAAAUGCUUAUUGAUGACGAUCCAUCAUUGUUGUUAACUAUUGCAUCACUAUUGAUCCAGCUAUUUUAAAUGACUCAUAUAUAUUUUAAUAGAAAUCUUUAUAAAGCUUGGAAGCAUGAUGAAAUAGCAGAAUAGGUUAGCUAAAUCACUGGCUAUGUUUUAUUGUCACCUCAAUAUGAUAAAAUGUCAUAUUCAGCAAUGGUGAUAUUAACUUAUUUGUUUGUUGGUAUUAUUGCAUUAGAAAUUCUACUAUAUUUGGUAUUAAGUAAUAGAACAGAAAAGUUAAGCAAGACAUUACCUAUGACAAUGCUAAAAUCAAUAAUUAAUUUGAUGCUUUCCAUUUUAUAUAUGCCAAUUAUUGAUUUAUUUAUAUCAGUAUGGACAUGCUAAGAUUCUUAUCAUUAUUCAUUUACAAAUUAUGAAUGUUGGGCAGGUAGUCAUACUGUUCAUUCAAUUGUAGCAAUUAUAUUUUUGAUAAUAUUUUAUAGUUUGAGUGCUGUUCACUCAUUUCUUUAUUAUGAAGCUAGAUUCAUUUAUACUAAUUCUUUAUCAAAAUAGAGUGGAUUUGAUGAUUUUAUAUUAAAAACUUAUAUUUUGAUAUAAGUCCUAAAUUACUCCUUUAUUGAAUCAUAAUAUGUUUAAGUAAUUUUAAUAGCAUUUGGAAAUAUAACACUCUAUAUAUAUAAUUAUCAUUACAAUACACAUAAUAACUUAAUUAUAUACAAAUUAUGGUAAAUGAUAAUUGCUAUAAAUAAUUGGACUUGUAUUAUGUUAGCUUUUAGUAAAAUUUUAGAAGAUGUUAUAUUUAGAGGAACCAUCUAUGCAUGGCUUUUGGGAAUACCUUUAUUAAUAAUAAUUGUAAUAUAAAACCCAGAGGAAAGAAUAGACUUAUUGUUAUUAGAUAAUAUGAAAGGAACAAUAAGUUAGAUUUUAUUAUAGUAGCAUCAUCUAUUAAGAUUACAUAGUUGGAACAGUCAAUUAUUUAACAUCAUCUUGGAUGGUUAUUUAAAAACUCAUAUUUAAACUUGUAUAAGACCUGAUUGUGGAAAAGAGUUAGUUAAGAUCAUAUAGUAGAAUUAUUUAGAUGCUAGUAAGAGAUUCCCAUAUGAUUAUUAAUUAAAAAUUAGAUACGGAUUUUUCUUACUUCAUAUAGGAUAAAGAUAAUAUGCUUUAUAGGAAUUCAAUUAGGCUUAAAAUCUAAAUCCAACAAUGGAUUAUGAAUUUGUACUUUUUAGAUACAAAAAGAUUAUUGAGGAUGAGAUGAAUGAUUAGAAUGUUGAAUAGAUAGAUACUCAUAAUGAAGCGAUGUAUUUAAAUAUAAUUAAGAAUUUUUAAAGUAAAAUAGAAAGAGUUACUUUAAUAAAUAUGGAUUUUUGGUCUUAAUUAUAAGAAGAUUAUCCUGAUUUAGGUAAAUUAAAUUAGAUAGGUUUAAAUAUUCAUAAUUUAAUGAAUGAGAUUGAAAUGAUUUGGAAUAGAUUAUAGAAGACAAAAUAGAAUACUUAGAAGAGUUUAAAAAUGUAUAGUAAAUUUAUGAUUGAUGUUGUAUAAGAUUAGGAAUAUGGAGAAUUAUUAUAUGAGAAAUCAAGAGUAAUGGAUGCUUCUUAUGUAAGGAAAGGUAUACAGAUGGCAAGUAAGGAAGAAAUAAGUAUGGAAAGUUUACCAACUAUGAUAAUUUCAUUAGCUUCUGAUAAGUUUGGUUAGAUAAUAAAUUUGAAUACUGCUUGUCAUGUUUUUGGUUAUAUGAAGAAUGAAUUAAUUAAUAGAAAAUUGAAUGUCUUAAUUCCUAAUAUAUUUUAAAAAGCUCAUGAUUAAUUGAUGAAAUUAGGAUUUGAUUAAAAAUUAAGUAAGGAGAGAUCAAUAUAUGUUAAAAAUAAAUAAAAUUAUUUGAUACCUUGUAUAAUAGAAAUGAAAUCUCUAACAUCGUUAGAUUAAUCAGUAAUGAUAAUAGCAUAAUUUAAAUUAUUCAAACCAUAUAAACAAACCUGUUAUAUAUUAUUUGAUAGUGAUGAUAUUAUAGAUUCAAUUUCAUUUAAUUGUAUAAGUUUGCUUGGUUUAGAUUUAAGAUUGAUUUAAAAUAAGAAAUUAUUGGUAAGUGAAAUCUUUCCUUAAUUAUAAGAUAAAAGUGAAUUUUUAAUUAAAGGUGGAGGUCUUAUUUAGUAUAAGAUUCCAGAAGAUAUUGUGAGUGGUUAAAUUUAAUCUAAUGAGUAUAUUGAUGAAAAAACUAAGUUCUCUUAAGAAUUUAUUUGUACUUUGAAUUCAGUUACAUUAAAUAAUUAAUAAUUAGGAUAUAUGAUGAAAUUAGAAUAAAAAGAAAGUGAAAAUCAUUUAAUGCCAUUAAAGAAAUAAAAAUCUAGUUUCUAAUUUAAAUAUAAUGUAGCUAAAAAAAUUUAUUUGGGAGAAUUCUCUACAGAUUAAGUAUCCGCUAUUCAUGAAUUAUCAUCAUUACAUGAUUAAACUGUUGAUGUUAGUGCUAUGUCUGUUAAGAAUUAAUCAAUUACAUAAGUAAAAUCAUCAGAAGAUUAGAAAUUUGAUUAUGGUGAAGGAAUUAAAACUUUAUAACUAUUUUAAAAUCGUAUUCAAGAAAUUGAUAAAGAAGAAAUUAUGGAAGAAUUUGAUGAAGAACAUUAAUAAAGUGUAUUUUAAAAUAAUAUUGAAUAAUAAUAAGAAAAUGAAAGCAGUAUUAAUAAUAAUAUUUUUAAAUCAAGAGCCUCUUUAUAAGAACAAAUUAAAAAUUAAGGUAGAAUUUCAAUCAUAUAAAAAAUGAUUUGGUUUACAAAUAUUUUAUAUUUGAUAAUGACGGCUCUCGCAUUUUUUGAAUUUUUUUAUUUGAAUUAAUAAUACAAUGAAAUUGAAGAAAAUAUUAAUCUGAUAGGUAAAGAAAAUUAAAUGCAUGCUGGAUUAUAAACUAUUUUAACUAACAUUUAAAAUCUGAAAAUGUUAAAUUUAGGAGUAUGGUAGAAUAUAAAUAAAUCAACAUAUGAAACAAGUUAAAAGGAAGCCCUUAUUAAAUAAUUAAAUAAUGUUCAAGAUUUAAAUAAGUAGGUUUUGAUGAGUGACUUAAAAUUAACAGAUAUUUAUUAAGAGUUGAAGAUUUAAGAUGCAAUUAAAAUAUAUUUUAGUACUAGUUCAAGUUAAUAGUAUGAUUUUAUGGAAGCAACUUAAUAAAUUAUUAGUAAAGGUAUUGAGAUUUCCAAUUUACCAUUAUAAGACAUUUCAGAGAAUUAAACAAGUGUGUUUUUUGUAGAAUACAAUCUUUUAAAUGAAUAUUGGAUUGCAUUGUCAGAAGUUUCAAAUUAAUUUGUUUUAGCAUUAGAUGAUAGAACUACUAGGUAAGAAAAAGUUGAAGUUAUAAUUAUUACACUUUCAGCUGUUAUGUUAUUUAUGUCAUUAAUUAUUUAUUCCAUAGCAAUUAUUCUAUUAGCUUAGAUGAGAUUAUCAAUUUUAUAAUUAUUUCUAGAUAUACCAGAAAAAACAGUUAAAUAUUUUUAUAGCAAAUGUGAAAACUAUAUUAGUAAUCUAUAAGUAGGAGAUGAAGAUGAAAAUGUUUCAUUCUAAGAAGAUUUAGAAGAAUAAGCAGAGUUAAAUAAAACUUUAAAAUCACGAAAGAAGAAGAAGAAGUUUAUAAAUUCUAAUUAAAAUCAUAAAGAUCAUAUUCUGCUUUUUGUUUUUUCAGUUAUGAUUUUAUAAGGAUAUUUUAUAUUUGCUUAUUUUGUAACUUAGAAUGAAUUAAAUAAUUUAAAUUAGUAAAUACCUGAAUUCAAUAUUACAACAAAAUGUGAAAGUUUCUAUAGGUUUUGUGAUAAUUCAGAGAGAUAACUUUUUUAUAAUUAAGAGAUUAAAUUACUUAAUUAAUAACCAUAUGAUGUUAUAAAAUAAAAUGUGAAGGAUAUGUAUGCUUAUGAUACAUCAAUGCAGUAAUAGCAUGCAUUGAAUAUCGAUGUGUAAAAUUCCGAUUAUAGAAGUGUCUAUGAUCAUAUUAUGAUGUCUGAUCCAUGUGAUGUAUUACCUUCAUAUGGAUCUCCAGAUUAAAAUACUUGUAAAGAAUUUGCUAGAGGAGCUUUAGCUUAAGGCAAUUCUAUAGGAGUUGCAAGAUAUAUUGAAAAUUUAAGAUAUAUUAUUACUAUUUAUGAUAAAUUCUAUGGAUUAGGAUCUAAACCCAAUUUCACAACUGUUGCUAGAGGUGAUGCAGUGGCAUCUUAGAUAGUUGAUGAUCCUGAAAAAAACAAUAUAUUGAAUUUAAAUAAUUUUAAUCAAACAAAAGAGGCAAGAACUUAUUAAUCAAAUUAUUUAACACGUAUAUAUUAUUAUUAUUAAUUAAGCAUCCUUCCAAUAUUUAACUGAUCAUAUGAUAGAUGGAUUCAGUUAGGAUUUAAGGGAUCAUGUUGCAUAAAAAUUAGCUGUUUUCAUUAUAUUUAAUGUUGUGCUCUUUAUACUGUAAUUUUUAAUUAUGUAUCCUUUCUUAUUGAAAUUGAAUAAGUAGAUAUCAAACACAAGAUUAUUAUUAACCAUGAUACCGUUGAGAUUAAUACUCAAAAUAUACUCCAUUAGAAAUUUUAUCAAAAAUAAUUUAUCUGAUAUUUAAUAUUGA